GCCUCGCCAAACUCAAAGCCUCGCUUGUAUCCCUCCCAUCCCGGUCCGCAAUGCUCUGAUGUUUACUUUCGAACGCAAUCAUUCGAUUUCCCAAGGCUUUGAGAGAUUCCUAACUUCUUUUCCCUUUGAUUGUUCCAUCUUCUUUAACGCAUCGUCACGCCUCUUGUCCAAUAUUCAGGCAGGUCUGGUCAGCGCAGCUCAGGUCAGCCACGCGCCGCCAACCCCUCAAUCCAUCCAUCCAUCAUCCCAGCAUUCCAACAACCUUCCACCAACACCACCCCCCAAACACCGCCACGCUGGACGGUAUAAAGAUCCCCGGGCGCUCCCUCCGUCUCCUCCUCCGCGCCGCCUCCUUCUACCGAACCGUCGUACUGCUCGUCUAGGGGACCGUCGACUCACUCCGCUCCCGAACCACCAUGGUCGUGGCCGGCCCUAACACUGCCGCCUCCAGGCUGGUCGGCUUCACGCAGCACCAUGUCGACCGAUUUGUGCCGCCCGAGUCGCGCCAAAGGGCCUACACGCAUGUGCUCGACUUUGCCAUGGCCCACCCGCUGCUUGCUACAUUUAUCCUCUUUGAAGUGAUCUUCUGCAUCAUCCCCGUGCUGGUCUUCCUGGCGUUCGCCGGGUCCGUCUUCUUCGUCGCCAUCGGCGCCGCGCUGGUCUCCACGCUGUUCCUGUCGGGACUCGCCCUGUUGUUGUUGGUGCCCGCCCUGUUCCUCGCAAGCGCCGUUGCUGCCACCGUCUCGGUGUGGGCCGUCGGCUCGUUUCUCGUCGCCCAAUGGCUGUACAACGUGUUGCAGCAGAGCGAGACAACAUCAACAUUGGAAACCAAGAUCGAUGGCGGCGGUAGCCGGGAGGCUGUUAAGAUGGGCCCUAGUGGCAUAAAGGUCGAUAUUUUGGGCGGCGUCUAGGAAGGCCAGCCUAGCGGCGGCGGCGGCGGCGGCCGAGCAGCGGGAGCUGGAGAUGACAUUGCUGCUCCUGUUGCCGGCCCCGCCGCGGAAAUCGAGACGGAGGUGGAGAAGGAUAAAGUGUUGUGGGGCGAUGGCUUGGCCGAAUCUGGCCCACGACACAAAUUACCCAUGAUAUUGGACCUUUUAGAUACGGCUACGGGAGCAUUAACGCAAUACAACGAGGAAAAGGCAGAAGAGGCGGCGUUGUCGCCACAAGCGAAGAGGGCGCGUGUUUUGUCCGAUGGCGGACGCCGGGGAGUACUUGACAGCGAGCGGGAGGAAGAGCGCAAGCCGGCCCGCAAAGACUUGGGAGGAGGAGGAGCAGGCUACGCGACCGAACCCAGCGGCCUCAGUUUUGCACUCCCCAACCUUCCGGCCCGGAACCGCUCCGUCUCUCGGG